AGCCAUUGCGCCGGGACGACUAAAAAGAAACCCUGAGCAGUCUGAAUGACUAUUUCAUACAAAAACCUUUCAUUUAUGGGCAGUUUCAUGUGAAGCACGUAUGGAAAUGAUAUAAACGGCAUCGUUUGUGCUUAUUAUCGGAGCAUUAGUCGACUUUAGCUGCGUUUUUAGGCUCGUUUUAGACUUGUGUUACUUUUUAGUCGUCCUCCUGCCGCCCUGCUUGACGCGGAGCCACAGUGAAGAGCGAAACAUGUCCGUGCCGAGCAGUCUCCUCCAGCCUGUGAGCCAUGUGCUCUUCGACAUGGACGGACUGCUGCUAGACACAGAGCGACUGUACACGGUGUCCUUCCAGGAAAUAUGUGACCGCUUUGGAAAGCGGUACACAUGGGACGUGAAGUCGUCAGUGAUGGGUAAAAAUGCUCUGAGCGCUUGCCAGAUUAUUCGGGAUGCUCUGGAGCUUCCCAUGACAGCUGAGGAGCUCCUUGCUGAAACCAGGCAAAUACAAGAAAGGAUCUUUCCCUCUGCCAAACUCAUGCCAGGUGUGGAGAAACUGGUGAACCAUCUGAAGAAACACAACAUCCCCAUUGCAGUGGCGACCAGCUCAGCUGGUGUGACGUUCAAGUUAAAGACGAGCCAACACAAAGACUUCUUCAGUCUGUUCGACCACAUUGUUCUGGGUGACGACCCCGAGGUGAAGAACAGCAAACCUCAACCUGACUCUUUCCUGGUCUGUGCUGGUAGAUUCAGCCCUCCUGCUCCUCCAGGGAAGUGCCUGGUGUUUGAAGACGCUCCCAACGGUGUGAAGGCGGCGCUGGCUGCAGGGAUGCAGGUGGUGAUGAUUCCCGAUGAAAACAUGGACCCGAGCCUAACCCAGGAGGCCACACUGCGACUCAGGAGCAUGGAGGAGUUUGAGCCGCAGCUCUUUGGCCUGCCGGCAUUUGACUGAGCCAGAAAUCAAACCCAAAGCCACAGAGCGUAAUUCAAUCUCUGUGUCCGUCUCCACUGUCAUCCUUCGAAAGAGAAACGAUUAUGAUAGAGUGAGAAACCAAGCUGAUUGUUUUCAUGGAUGCUGUAACAUGAUGUGGGUGAAUAUUGACGUUUUGUUGGUGCCAGUUAAUGAACUCUUCUUGAUCAUCAUUGGAUCUGACAUCAUCUUCUCUUUACUCCUUUUCGAAAGCCGCGUAUCCAGACACGUAGAUAGUCGACAUUUCUAGAUAUUGGUGUUCCAAACAUCUGCCACCAUCCUGACACAAGGGUGGUGAAAAAUGACACUGCUAUUGAGGUAUUUGUUUGUAUUGCUAUGAAUAUCACUAAAAAUAUUUGCCUUCAUGGUACUGAGCCGAAGAAGAUCAUUUCCUUAAAGGUUCCACAGGUGGCAGUAACACACCAAAUAUACAGCAACAACGUCAGUGAAAAAGAAGUAAACAUGGAUGUAAAGAAUGCAGGAUUUAUAAUAUUAAAGAUGUUUUAUGAGGCAGAAACAUAACUCUGAAACUCCACAGAGCACCUUUAACUCCCAAUAUGAAGCCUCAUAUCCUGUACUGUCAUUGGUUAUCCUGCACUGUCAAUCAUAGGCGUGCAUUUCUACAUUAAUGAAGUAAAUAAAUAAAACAAGUGCCGUUA